AUGUCUUCACGCUAUUCUGCGUUCUGGGACCAUCACACAGUGAAGUUUGGACGCAGAAGAUUGGCACCACAAGUUGGGCACUUGAACCAGAACACCCCAUCCUCGAGCACCCCCAGCGAUAUAUCCCCAUGGCAUGAAAGAAGGUGGCCAGAUCGCAUUCUAGGAAAAUUGGUCCACUUUAUCGGCAAGCUAUGUUGCAACGGUAUCAAGAUUGGCAAGUUUCCAAACACUGUGAAGGUUCGGUGCCAGUUGAAAAGCCUGGUCGAUGAGCAGAAGCUGGUUUCAGAGGUGGUGCUCCUAUGCGACGUGCAGUUGGUUCAAAUUGAGUGCUUGUUGGAGUUACUGGAGGUGCUCAGCUCCCAGGUCGAGAAGGGGCCAAGACUGGUGCAUGUGAAGCAGAUGUACUCCCAUGUCCAGGUGGAUGGAUGUAUGCUGCAUUCAGGACUUUUUGGAGGGACUGUGGGGCUAGUCACAAUCUGUCUCUUGAACCUGAAGGCUUGGGUCAAUCAUGACAUCCAAUGGCUGUUCAAUCUCUGGACUCCCCCUAACUCCCUCACUUGUUCCACGGUCCCACCACUCAUGCAUCCUUCAGGAUUUUCAUGGCUCAAGUGGAAUGGAUUGAGAAACGAUGACGGGGCCACAACUCCUCCAGUCCCUCCUGCAGGUCGUACUUGUUUCAAGGUGGACGCACUCACUGUGGUUUCCAAUGGCCUCUUCUUCGCCAAUGAACCCAGUCCUUGGGGUUUAGCAAUGCUCAAGGGCUUGAAGGGUGCACUAGUGGAUUUGUUGGGCACAUUUCGGUGUGGUCCUGCCAUGUUCAUAGGCUGCUGA